GGGCGGGACUUCGUACAGUGGAGGCGGGGCUUUUACGUCCAUCUUUAAUGUAGCUGAGGGAGAGUGACGAGAAGAAGAAGAAGAAAAAAAACGUGAUAUAUUUGAAAAUAAUUUGUUCGAAUCAUUUUCGUCGGGGUUUAAAGACAAAGAUAUAAACAAAUAUUAUACAUAUUUGAGAAAAAGGGACAGAAGGUAUGAAGACAGUAUCAUAGCCAAGCCAUGGCCGAUAAGAGAAAACUCCAAGGUGAAAUAGACCGGUGUUUGAAAAAAGUGGCAGAGGGGGUGGAACAGUUUGAAGAUAUUUGGCAAAAGCUUCACAAUGCAGCCAACGCCAACCAGAAGGAGAAAUACGAAGCUGACCUCAAGAAGGAGAUUAAAAAGCUCCAGAGACUGCGAGACCAGAUUAAGUCAUGGGUGGCGUCCAACGAGAUCAAAGACAAACGGCAGCUAGUGGAGAACCGGAAACUCAUUGAGACGCAAAUGGAGCGCUUUAAAGUGGUAGAGCGGGAGACAAAGACGAAGGCGUACUCUAAAGAAGGACUGGGUUUGGCUCAGAAAGUGGAUCCAGUGCAGAAGGAGAAGGAGGAAACAGAACAGUGGCUCACGAACACCAUAGACACUCUGAACAUGCAAGUGGAUCAGUUUGAGAGCGAGGUGGAGUCUCUGUCCGUUCAGACAAGGAAGAAAAAAGGAGACAAGGAGAAGCAGGAUCGUAUUGAGGAGCUGAAGAAGCUGAUUGAGAGACACCGGUAUCACAUCCGUAUGCUGGAGACCAUCUUAAGGAUGUUAGACAACGACUCAGUGCAGGUGGAAGCAAUCCAUAAGAUAAAGGACGACGUGGACUACUACAUCGACUCCUCACAGGAUCCCGACUUUAAGGAGAACGAGUUUCUGUACGACGACCUCGACCUCGAAGACAUCCCGAUGUUGGCCACAUCUCCGCAGGGACACAAUGAAGAAGAGAUGAGCACUCCCACCUCCACCACGUCGUCCUCUCCUAUCCCUCCAUCUCCAGCCACGGCUACCACCGAGAUCCCUGAAGAGGAGAAGAAGAGAGGCCGAUCUACUGACAGUGAAGUGAGCCAGUCACCUGUGAAGAGCAGCAAUCCCCUGUCUUCUUUCUCCUCCUCUUCCUCCUCCUCCUCAGGCUUUUCCUCCUCUUCCACCUCAUCCCUCGUUUCCAUGGCAGCUGUCGUUGGGGGAACAGCAUCAGUUUCCGGGGGCAACACGCUCCUGGGCAGUUUCAGUAGUGCAGUCCAGCAGCAUCCGCACAGCAAGCUAUCUUCCUCCUCCUCUUCAUCGUCGUCUUCUUCCUCCUCCUCCUCCUCUGUGACGUCCAGCAGCACGUCCAGCCCACCCAGCCACCCUAAUCUGCCCUCUUCCACCACACCGUUAGCCCUGCCCACUUCUAACUCUCAACCACUGACAUCAGCAGGCCUUAAUGUGGGCAAAGCAGGCACAGCUGUGACGAGCAGCAGUAUGCCAGGCAUGAUGCCCAGCAAUAUGGCCGCCAUUAUUUCGAGCUCGAUGCCCACUCCUUACGCCCAAGCAGCAGCCGGUAGUGGCCCGAGUGGACCCGCAGGAAAUAACAACAGCAACAGCAGCACUGUUUCAGCAGUAGGUGGAGCAAAUGCUAACACUAAUUCUACGGCUAAUGCUAACGGUACAGUGCCGAUGGGCUCCAACGGGGGUAUUUUAGGCCUCGGACCAGCGCAGUCAACCCACCAGGGAGCGGCGCAGUUACCCAUCAGCCCAGUGGGCACGGUGCCAGGGGGUGGAGCCAACAUGGGCCCUGGAAACGGAGGCAGUACGGUGUCAUCAGGGGGCAUCAUGGGUAAUGUGGCACCUGCCCGACCACCCAGUGUGGUUAAACAAAAUGGAGGAACAAACCCUCUAGCGUACAGUGCCGUUGUGGCCGACAGCAGCUCAGACUCCUCCCUCAGCAGCGCCAGCCUAUCACAGAGCAGCCAGCCCUCUUCCACCAGCUCCUCGGCCAAUCAAACUCUGGAUAACGGGCCGACUCUGCUGAGCUCCAUCACUCUGCCUCCCUCCUCUCAGUCUCCUUCGUUUUCAGACAGCACCCCUGGUGGUGGCAGUUUACUCAAUGGCCCGCACUCAUACACACCCAGCACAGAGGCGAUAAAGGCCCCUGAACCUCUGAGCUCUCUGAAGGCGAUGGCUGAGCGAGCAGCUCUAGGUUCGGGACUGGAUGGAGAAAUCCCACCUCUUCAUCUGACAGAAAGAGAUUUGUUUUCGGGAUCCUCAGCCGCCCCCGGCCCCCCUGUCCCUCCCCAACCUGCUGUUACAGAGGUCAAUCUUCCACCUACUCUGGGGGCGUGUCCUCUAGGCCCCUCCCCUCUCACUAAAGAGCAACUAUAUCAGCAGAUCAUGCAGGAGGCAGCCUGGGGGCACAUGCCCCUCCCAUCAGACUCAGAAAGGAUCAGGCAAUACGUGAUGAGGACUCCGUGCCCUCUUUUGCCCUUCCACCAUCACACUCCUCCUCAUCACAGCGACUCCAUUGACUUCUACCAGAGACUCUCCACUGAGACCCUCUUUUUCAUCUUCUACUACCUGGAGGGCACGAAGGCUCAGUAUCUUUCAGCUAAAGCCCUGAAGAAGCAGUCUUGGAGAUUCCACACUAAAUACAUGAUGUGGUUCCAGAGACAUGAGGAACCCAAGACCAUCACCGAUGAGUUUGAACAGGGAACCUAUAUUUACUUUGACUAUGAAAAAUGGGGCCAGAGAAAGAAAGAGGGCUUCACAUUCGAAUACAGAUACCUGGAGGACCGAGACCUGCAGUGACACACAGAUCCAGUGCACACAGUGAAUGAAUGAGAGAGCGAGAGAGAGAGCGAGAGCGAGAGAGAUGGCUACGAUGACUGCAGCUGUUGACAUUCCAGGAGAGGAGUGCAGUCCACGCUGUGAGGAGAGUAAAGUAGGGCUUCAUCAGUGAGUGAGAGAGAGAGAGAGAGACGGAGUCGAGUGCCUGUUUACACACACAAAAACUAUCUAUUUCAAUUAAAAGGCCCCUUCCUUUAUCAUCUAAAUAAGCAGAAAAAAUAAAGAUCUUUAAUAUACCUUCAUUACCCCAUGUGAUCGCAAAAGAAAUGAAAAGCAUUACUGUUUGUUUGUGCUUUAUGAAACGAGUCAUAUGACAAGCUGUGAUGUCAUUCAGCACCUCGCUCAUGUCCAAACAAAGAGCAAAUUUUACUCUUAAGGUCUACACAGCCUUACCCAGAAUAUUUCAUCUAUUGAAAAAGGGCAAGGACCAGGAUGUGCAUCUGCCAUGCCAACACAUUAGAGUUAACAUAAUACCCAUAAAUAAAUCCACAGGGAAAAUCAUCAUCAUUAGACAGUUCAAAUGAUAGGCAUUAACACCAGAAUCAUAACCUUAACUAGUGUACAGAUUACCUCUAAGAGCCACACAUUAAUGAAUGAUUAUUAUUACCCUCAAUCCUGUCCCAUAAUGCAAGGCACAUAAGAAAACCAUAUCACAAGAUCAUGAUGUUCAGCUUUGCUGAAAUUUGCUAACAAACUGAAACAUCAGAGCAGCACUUCUGAUGAAAAAAUAUACUGUGGUUCGGCUUAUUGUGGCACUUAACAUGUUCUCCUCCAGGUUCUCCAGUUUCCUCCCAUCUCCCAAAACCAUGCCAGGUGGACUGGCGACUUUAAAUUGCCCCUAGUUGUUCAUGAGUGUGUUCCGGUCCCAUCCAGGGUGCAUUCCCGCAUCACUGAAGGUUGAAAAGCUGAAAGUUUUAUUGAUGAAUUAUUGCGUGGUCCACCAAUACAUCUACUUAAUAUUGACUAUGAGGUCAAUUGUAAUGAUAAGAACAGCACAGACAUGAUGUCAUCGAGGUGCAGAGUGACUUCACAGGCUUUAACGCCAGAUCUCAGAAACCAUACUAGCACAAAUACACAGAGAUGCUUUCUAAUAUUUAACAUAUCAUUUCUUUGAGCUGCAGUAGUCAGAAUUCAGCAAAAAAAAAACCUUUUUUUUUAAUCUGGACAGCACUAAUGGAGCUCAGACACGUUCAGGACAGACAGAGGGCAAGACGGAAAACGAGUGGACACAUUAAAUUGCUAUGCAAUUGAACUCUUCUCGGCCUGCGUCACCUAAACGGCGUUACUAUGAUGAUGAUGAUUAUUAUUAUUAUUAUUACUGGCCGUCCUCGUUUUUUUUGUAGCAUCUUUAUCUCGAGUGUGUGUGGGAGGGUUUACACGCACGUGAUUCUGGUGUCUGUUUAACAAUGACGUGAAUUAAAAGAAUUCUCUAAUAAAAGAAGUAUUCAAAAGAUACGUAACGUUCAGAGCUUUAUAUGUUGUGGCUUUUUUGGCAAUUUCUAGCUCCAGACGUCCUUUACCUAUUCGCAUAUUUGGUCACUAAACUAAUCCCCGUUUCUAGUUAUUGCAUACUUUUAGUACAUAAAAUAUACCCCUUUAACACAUCAUUUCACGUUUCCUUUCUUAUUUUAGAAGGGAAAAAUAAGCAAAAUUCCAUCAAGGUUAAAACGACUACACCCAGACUUUGAAAAGAGAACUUUUUUCAGCACAUGGACUGAAAGUGCAGCUGAUUUGUGAAUUUUUCUCCUAAAAUAAGUGAUGUAUAAAUUAAUUUCAUGGCCUUUAUUGGGGCUGAGAGUGGAGAAAAAAAAAAGUGUACAAUUUCAAUAAAAUACUUUUAUGAA